AUGGAAAAACCAGAAUUUAAUGAGAAUUUCCACAAUAAUAACUCAGAAGAAGUGCAACAUCCAGAGCAACAACAAUCUUCAGAACAAACUGAUGAAAACCCAAUAGAUAUAUCAGUAGUACCUGAUACUUGUAAUGAAGAAAGUACUCAAAGCGUAGAUGAAGUUCAAGCUAAUAUAAGUGAGGUUCAAAAUGAUAUCAAUAAAAAACUUCAAGAACUUUGCCAUCCGCCAGAAGAUAUUUCUCAAACCAAUGCUUCAAAAAUAAAAGAAGGAUAUUUAAACCUUGUCAAAAAGUUAAAUGGAUUAGUUAUUGAAUAUAAUAAAAAGACUAAUGGAAUGACAGAUGGAACUGAAAAAAGAAAAGGGGUUAUUGUUGUUGCUGAUCCAAAUGAAAGAUUUGUUAAUAUAUUUAAUGGUAAACCAUCAGAGUCAUUCUCAGAUACUCUUCGUAGUUAUAAUAUCAUAUUUCCACAUAUCGAGUAUUGUAAAAUACUAAAUUCAUCAAUGAAUACAUACAAACAACUUUUUGGACAGAAAGAUUUUGGUAUAUUUUGUGUUACUAAGUAUGGAAAUGUUUUUGGUAUAUUCUUUCAUUCUGUUAAAAUACUUAGAAACCAAACCUUUGUUUGUAAUAAAUCUGCUUUAUUCAUUAUAAGAAGAAAUGGAAUGAAAGAAUAUAUUCCAAUUGUAAGUAAAAGAGAAAGUGAUAUUUAUAUUGUAUUUGGGAAUGAUACUACUGAAGAUGAUUUAUUGAUAACAAUUACUAAUAAUAAUGGAUAUGGAAUACAAUUUUAUAAUAACACAGUUAGUAUUAUUGGUGAUAUUCGAAAUGUAUUUAAUGAAAUAGAAUAUAAUGGUAUGUUAUUAAAUAUAAAUGAUAACAAUGAAUAUCAAGAAGAAUUAAAUGAAUUAAACAUUAUGAAAAUUCAUUCAGAUGAUGAUGAUUAA